UCAACUACACUCUGGUUCAUGCAGACAAGAAUGAACAACUUGAGGCCAUAAACCAACAAGUCAUGAUAUGGCGGGUAAAACCUUGGAAAUCUUCCAAAUUUGUGAGAGCUCUACAAACCAACACUUUCAAUCAAACUAAAACCCAACAAAUCAUUGGAAAAACAACUUCAUCUUCAACCCAAAUCCUAGAACAAUUGGCCUUUUCAUUGCAUUCAAAUGGCACAAACCUCAAACAUGUUUCAGAGAACUACAUCUCUCUCAUCCAAAAUUCAAAUUCUACAGAAGAAAUCAGAAGCAUUCAUACCCAUAUGAGAAAUCAAGGUUUUCCUUACCUAAGAUUAGGCAAUAAGCUCAUGAAUGCGUAUUUAAAACUUGGCAACCUUGUUUAUGCACACCAACUGUUCGACUAAUUGCCUCAGAGACAUGUAGUUGCUUGGAAUGCCAUGAUUUCUUGCUAUAUUAGGCAAAAUAGGAGUCCUGAAGCCGUGGCUUUGUAUAAACGGAUGGCGGUGGAGGGAGUUUGUCCGGAUGAUUUUACGUUGUCCUGUGUCUUGAAAGCGUUUUCUGAUCUGGGUCUUGUUUGUGAUGGCAAGAAAGCUCAUGGGAAAGCGGUUGUUUUGGGGUUGGAGGUUUCAAAUGUGUUUGUUGGAAGUGCCCUUGUUGAUAUGUAUGCCAAGCUUGGUCAAAUGAGGAAUGCUCACUUGGUAGUGGAUCGAGUUGUGGAGAAAGAUGUGAUCUUGUUUACUACUUUAGUUGUUGGCUAUGUUCAAAAUGGGGAAGAUUGUGAAGCAAUGAAGGCUUUUAAUCAGAUGAUUAAGGAAGGAGUUAAGGCGAAUGAGUACACUUUUACGAGCUUAUUGGUGAGUUGUGGUAACUUGAAGCAUUCAUGUCUUGGCAUGUUAAUACAUGGGUUUAUAAUCAAAUGUGGUCAUGAGUUUGGAGUUUCUCCGCAGACUUCACUUCUGACCAUGUACUCGAAAUGUGGCAUGGUUGAUGAUGCACUUAAGGUUUUUGAGCAUCUUGUUAACCCAAACUUGGUGACUUGGACAUCCCUUAUUGUUGGUCUUUUGCAGAAUGGUAGAGAGGAAGUUGCCCUAUCCAAAUUUUGUCAAAUGAUGCGCAGCUCUGUACUUCCAAACUGUUUUACCAUGUCUGGGGCUCUUGUUGCAUGUUCCAACCUUGCAACACUUGACCAAGGGAAACAAAUCCACACCAUUAUACUAAAAUUAGGCUUACACUUAAAUAAGUUUAUUGGUGCUGCUCUGAUUGAUUUCUAUGGGAGGUGUGGCUGUGUGGAACUUGCUAAGCUGGUUUAUGAUGGCUUGUUUGCCCGUGAUCUGGUGCUUGUGAACACAAUGAUGUAUGCUUAUGCUCAGAAUGGUUUUGAACACAAAACACUUGAGCUUUUUCAGCAAAUGAAUGACUUGGGGCUUGAACCCAAUGACGUUACCCUCGUUAGUGUUCUGUUAGCAUGCGACAAUGCAGGGCUGGUUGAUGAAGGCCGUCGCAUCUUUGAUUCUUUUUUUGGCUAUCGUAAUAUUCGGAUAACUAAAGAACAUUAUGCUUGCAUGGUAGAUAUUUAUGGACGUGCUGGAAGGCUUCAGGAGGCAGAAGCACUAAUAAAUCAAGCUGAUAAUCCAGAUAUUGUUUUGUGGAGGACUCUGCUGAGUGCUUGUAGACUCCAUGGAGACAUUACCAUGGCAGGGAGGAUAUUUAAUAAAGUAAUUGAGCUGUCUCCUAAAGACGAGGGAAGCUUAGUUCUAUCCUCCAAUCUUUAUGCAUCAAAAGGUGACUGGAAUCAGGUUAUUUGUGUAAAGUCUUUGAUGAGAGAGAAUAGACUGAAAAAGAGUCCUGCUAUGAGCUGGGUGAUCAUAGGCGGAGAGGUUCACACUUUCAUGGCAGGGAAUUGCUCCCAACCAAAUUUUAAAGAAAUAGAUUGUAUAAUAAAGGAACUGAUGAAGAAAGUUAAGGAGUUGGGGUAUGUUCCAGCUACUGAGUUUGUGCUACAGAACCUGAAUGAGAAGGAGAAGGAGCGGUCCUUGUACUAUCACAGUGAGAAACUAGCCAUAGCCUUUUCCCUAUGGAAGACCUCUGGGAAAACCAGCUGCAUUAGGAUUUACAAAAAUUUGAAAGUUUGUGGGGAUUGCCAUGCUUGGAUAAAGUUAGUUACAAAAGUAGUCGGGAGAGAGAUAAUUGCCAGAGAUACCAAGAGAUUUCACCAUUUUAAGGAUGGGGUUUGCUCUUGCAAAGAUUAUUGGUGAUCUAAUCAUUACAAGAUUGGUAAGUGAAGGUAGAAAAGUGCUAUGUGAUCUCACAAAUUGAAUGAACACCUGUCGCAUCAGCCCACACUGCUAAUUGAUCUACCCUAGCUAGCUCUUGCGGUGCUGCAUGAAGUUCAGUCAACCAUUGUGUGUUUUUGAGCAAGGGCUCCAAAUAAAGAGGAGGAAGGGCAACUCCUAUCCCAUUUCCCCUCGGGUACCUGAAACAACUUGGUCUGUCAUCAAUAGCUGCUGCAGUUGCAACCAUGUG